GAACAUCCGGGGUUGUGUGGCAGUUUGUCACGUGUCUACCUCGUUUCCAUCCUUUACAAACCAGCUCGUGGGUUUGCCGGUAGUGACUGUCCAUCCUCUGAUCUUGAACAGCAACGGAAAGCAAUCAAGAUGUCGAAGAAACUUGGGUUUGCGGAAAAUUUCGCCCUUAGUGGUGCCGCUGCUGUCAUUUCCAAGACAGCUGCAGCCCCAAUUGAAAGGAUCAAGCUGCUUGUUCAAAAUCAAGAGGAAAUGUUGAAAAGUGGUCGUCUGUCUGAGCCAUACAAAGGUAUCAUCGACUGCACUGUCAAAACAUACAAAAAUGAGGGGUUUUUGCCAUUCUGGAGAGGAAACUUGGCAAACUGCAUCCGAUACUUCCCAACACAAGCUUUAAAUUUUGCAUUCAAAGACAAGAUCAAGAUUAUGUUCAAAGCCUCCAAAACUGAUGCAUAUGCAGUGCAAUUUGCAAAGAACAUUGCAUCUGGUGGUGUUGCUGGAGCGAUGUCCCUCUGCUUUGUUUAUUCCCUUGACUACGCCCGUACCCGUCUGGCCAAUGAUGCCAAAUCUGGAAAGAAGGGCGGUGAGCGUCAAUUCAACGGCCUGGUAGAUGUAUACAAGAAGACCUUGAAAAGUGAUGGAAUCGGUGGUCUGUACAGAGGAUUUGUCAUCUCCUGUGUUGGUAUUGUAGUAUACAGAGGAUGCUACUUCGGAUUCUACGACAGCCUGAAGCCAAUUCUCUUAGGCGACAAUGCUGGAGUCCUAGCUUCUUUCUGUCUUGGCUAUGUGGUGACGGUCUCAUCCGGCUUGCUCUCCUACCCCAUCGAUACCAUCAGAAGGAGAAUGAUGAUGACAUCCGGUGAGGCUGUUAAAUACAACGGCUCAAUUGACUGUUUCAAGACCAUCCUGAAGAAUGAGGGAUUCAUGUCCUUGAUGAAGGGUGCUGGAGCCAACAUCCUCAGAGGAGUUGCAGGUGCUGGUGUACUGUCUGGCUUUGACAAAUUCCAGUCACUUUACAUCAAGUGGCGUAUUGGAGAUAAUUAAGUACAAUUAGGACUAGUAAAAAAAAAAUUGAACUUUUUCUCACAGUGACAUCUUCAGAGAGGAACAACUCUUUUGAACACCCAAUUUUCCAGAACUGUAUCUUUGUAUUUAUAGUGCUGUUUGAAUUUCGAUAACAACAGAGUGUGAUAUUGUUGAUUGGUAAUUGAUUAGAUGCAUACAAGUUACUAUGUUGGAACAGUGGACCUGAUAAAAAGCGAUUGUUUGAUGAUAAUCAAAA